AUAUCCUCCGCCGCCUUGUCUGAAUUGUCAAUACAAGGACUUUGUCCAGAAUAUCAUCAAUUGAUCUCAUCCAUAAAAAAUAUUUUUCUUUUCAGACAAUUAAUCGAAUCUAUGNCUUCUUCUUCUUCUGCGAGUAAUUCAAAGUAUUGUCCUCUAUGGAAGUACGUUGUGUUUCUAAGUUUCAGAGGCGAAGACACUCGAAAAACAUUUACGGGUCACUUGUAUGAAGGUUUGAAAAAUAGGGGAAUAAACACUUUUCAAGAUGAUAAAAGGCUAGAGCAUGGAGAUUCAAUUCCGAAAGAACUCUUGAGAGCUAUCGAAGAGUCUCAAGUUGCACUUAUAGUUUUCUCAAAGAAUUAUGCUACAUCUAGGUGGUGCUUGAAUGAACUAGUGAAGAUCAUGGAAUGCAAAGAUGAAGAAAAUGGAAUCUUCUAUGAUGUGGAUCCAUCACAUGUUCGAAACCAAAGUGAAAGCUUUGGAGCAGCAUUUGCCGAACAUGAAUUAAAGUAUAAGGAUGAUGUUGAGGGGAUGCAGAAGGUGCAAAGAUGGAGAAAUGCCCUAACUGUUGCCGCAAAUCUAAAAGGAUAUGAUAUCCGUGACGGGAUUGAAUCAGAGCAUAUUCAACAGAUCGUAGACUACAUCUAUUCCAAAUUUUGCACAAAUGCUUAUUCUUCAUCUUUUUUGCAAGGUGUUGUGGGAAUAAACGAUCACUUAGAGAAACUAAAAUCCAAACUUCAAAUGGAAAUCAACGAUGUUCGGAUUUUAGGGAUCUGGGGAAUAGGCGGAGUCGGUAAAACAACAAUAGCAAAAGCUAUUUUUGAUGCUAUAUCUUAUCAAUUUAAAGCUUCCUGUUUUCUUGCAGAUGUUAAAGAAAAUGCAAAAAAGAAUGAAUUGCAUUCUUUACAAAACACCCUUCUCUCUAAACUGUUAAGAAAAAAAGAUGAUUACGUCAAUGAUAAGUAUGAUGGGAAGUGCGUGAUUCCGAAGAAACUUUGUAAAAUGAAGGUGCUAAUUGUGCUUGAUGAUAUAGAUCACAGUGAGCAUUUGGAGUAUUUAGCAGGUGAUGUUGAUUGGUUUGGUAAUGGCAGUAGAGUCAUUGUAACAACUAGAAACAAACAUUUGAUAGAGAAGGAUGAUGCGAUAUACGAAGUGUCUACACUACCUGAUCAUGAAGCUAUGCAAUUAUUCAAUAAGCAUGCUUUUAAAAAAGAAGAUCCAGAUGAGAGUUUUAAGAAGUUCUCAUUGGAGGUAGUAAAUCACGCUAAAGGCCUUCCUUUAGCCCUCAAGGUGUGGGGUUCUUUAUUGCAUAAAAAGUGUCUAACUUUGUGGAGAAUAACUGUAGAGCAUAUAAAGAAAAACUCUAAUUCAGAAAUUGUUGAAAAACUCAAAAUAAGUUAUGAUGGGUUGGAGCUCGAAGAGCAAGAGAUAUUUCUAGAUAUUGCAUGUUUCUUACGUGGAAUUGAAAGAAAAGAAGUCAUGCAAAUUCUUGAGAGUUGUGACUUUGGAGCUGAAUACGGAUUGAAUGUUCUGAUUAAUAAAUCUCUUGUAUUCAUCUCUGAAAAUGAUAGGAUUGAAAUGCAUGAUUUGAUUGAAGAUAUGGGUAGAUAUGUGAUAAAAAUGCAAAAGCUUCCGAAAAAACGUAGCAGAAUAUGGGAUGUUGAAGAUGUCAAAAAAGUGAUGAUAGACUAUACGGGGACCAUGAAAGUGGAAGCAAUCUGGUUUAGGUGCUAUGAAGAAGAACUAUGCUUUAAUAAUGAGGCAAUGGAAAAAAUGAAAAGUCUUAGGAUAUUACGCCUAGAUGAUCGUAUUGCACGUCCCUCUUCGAAUCACCAUGAUGGCUCUAUUGAGUACCUGUCCAAUAACUUGCGUUGGUUAGUCUGGAAUCACUAUUCUUGGAAGUCAUUGCCAGAAAAUUUUAAACCAGAAAAGCUUGUUCAUCUUGAACUCCAAGAGAGUUCGCUGCAUUAUUUAUGGAAGGAAACAGAGCAUUUGCCGUCUCUACGAAAGCUAGAUCUCUGCUUUUCUGAAAGCCUGGUGCAAACACCAGAUUUCACGGGGAUGCCAAAUUUGGAGUAUUUGUAUCUGGAGAACUGUAGUAAGCUUGAAGAGGUUCACUAUUCCCUAGCAUAUUGCGAAAAACUCAUUGAGUUAAAUUUGAAUUGGUGUAACAAGCUUAGGAGAUUUCCAUGUGUUAACAUGAAAUCUCUUGAAUCUAUGAAUCUACAAGAUUGCUAUAGUUUAAUGGAAUUUCCAGAAUUCCUCGGUACAAUGAAGCCGGAGUUAGUGAGUCUCUCAGUAAACAGUGGGAUAAGGGAACUACCAUUAUCUAUUCAGUACCCAAUUCAUCUAACAGAGAUAGAUUUGAGUGGCAUGAAAAACCUUGAAGCUCUUCCAAGCAUCAUUGUUAAGUUGAAAGGUUUGGUGAAGCUAAAUGUGUCGCACUGCUUAACAAUUAAAAGCUUGCCCGAAGAGAUAGGUGAUUUAGAAAAUUUGGAGGAACUUGAUGCUACAUAUACUCUAAUUUCACGACCUCCUUCUUCCAUUGUCCGCUUGAACAAGCUUAAAUCCUUGAAGUUUGAACAAAUUGAAACAGAAGAUGAAGUGUACUUUGUGUUUCCUCCAAUUAAUGGCGGGUUACUCUCAUUGGAAAUCCUGAAGCUCGGUUCCUCCAAUUUCAUAGAUGGAAGAAUUCCGGAAGAUAUUGGAUACUUAUCCUCUUUGAAAGAGUUGGAUCUCCAGGGAGAUAAUUUUGAGCAUUUGCCUCGAAGCAUAGCCCAACUUGGUGCUCUUCGGUUCUUGUGCUUAGAAUAUUGCACGAGGCUUACACAGCUGCCAGAAUUUCCACCACAAUUAGAUACAAUAUGUGCAGAUUGGCGCAAUGAUUUGAUCUGUAAUUCACUGUUUCAAAAUAUCUCAUCAUUCCAGCAUGACAUAUCUGCUUCAGAUUCCUUGUCGUUAAGAGUGUUUACGAGUUCGGGGAGUAAUAUACCAAGUUGGUUCCACUAUAAGGGAAUGGAUAAAAGUGUUUCAGUCAAUUUGCCUGAAAACUGGUAUGUAUCAGAUAACUUCUUGGGAUUUGCUGUAUGUUACUUUGGAAGUUUAAUUGAAAACACGGCUCAGUUGAUUAUUAGUUCUGAAGGGAUGCCGUGUAUCACCCAGAAACUUGUCUUAUCCAAUCAUUCAGAAUAUCCAUAUUCUAAGAUUCAGUUUUUCUUGGUACCUUUAGCUGGCUUAUGGGAUUCAUCUAACGCAAAUGGUAAAACACCAAAUGACUAUGGGCAUAUUAUGUUAUCUUUUCCUGAAGAAUUGGUGGGAUGUGGACUUCGUUUGUUCUAUAAAGAUGAAUCUGAGCUUGUUGAGACCAAUGAUGAACCACCAACUGAACUUUCCAUUGGGAUAAGGAGGAUCAGAUACGACGAUAGUGAACAUCAUGAAGAAGCCAGUUGUUCCUCUUCUAAGAAACAAAGGUCAUAAGUAGAGGGAGGUUGGAAAAACAAGGUGAAGUUGAGGUUCGUCCUCCCUUGUGAUUGAUCUCUUUUGGAGCAGAUUACCUAGUUUCACUGUCCAAAAGAAGUGUGGAUAAUCUACAUGGUAGAAGUAGUUUGUCAAUACACUGCAGAU